AUGCACACAUCCCCAUCUACGUACACUGAUUACACGGAAAGAACAACCAUGGAAACGUCGGUGCUGGCAUUCGUUCACCGAUACCGCGACGCCCUCUGUUGCUGCCGCCACUCAACCUGGUGUCCCAGGAUGAAGAGCAAGAUUUGCAAGGUGGCUGUGGUCGGUGCUGAUGAAAUGGCAAAUGAAAAACAGAAGAAGAAAGAAAGAACGAAUGAUAGAGUGAAUGAUAAAAAAUCGUUGGAAAUCAUUAAUCUCGGAAAAUUUUGCAAAAAUCCUCCAAACUGCGUUGGUGUCGGAGCAACGAUGACCAAAAGCGCCACAAACAUCGCUCUAGAUGACAACAAAAUGAAAUGCAAAAUAACCGACAGCAUUCAAAUUGAUUGCCGUGCAAACGACAAUGACGUUUCAAAGAACAACUUCAUCAAAAACAACAACAACAUCAACAACAACAAAGACAUUAUCAACAUCGACAAAACGUUUUUAACUCAUUUUUCCAACGUGACAGAGCCAUCGAUUGUAAUCAACCAGCUUAUAAGGGAGAAGGACUAA